AUGUCUUCCUCUGUUUCCGCCCAGGCCAUUGGCGAGCUGGAGAAAUAUACGGCUUGUGACGUUUCCGAUGCGCUCCUCAAGCUCAAGGUACCCGGUGCCGGCUUCAUCGCCGACCUCACCCAGUAUAGCCCACGACAUUCGUCUACUGGCAGCAGUAAGGAAGAAAAGGUGACCGUAGCGCCCGUAUCCACAGUCUUGUUCACGGCCAAGGAUGAGGAUCCCACCUCAACCAGCACACGGCCUGCGCCCAACUUCCCCAAAGACACCCACUGGGUCGACAAUGCAGUUCCCGGGACGUUUGCUGUCAUGCAGCAGGCCCCUGGUCAGACCAACGCUAUAUGCGGAGGCAUCAUGGCUCUGCGCAUGAAGAUGCUGGGCCUCAAGGGUAUCAUCGUGGCUGGCCGCGUGCGAGACCUGGUGGAGCUCCAGAGUACUGAGCUGCCUAUAUGGGCGCUCGGCACAUCGACUGUCGGGUCAGGCGGUAGCAGCACGCCUUGGGCUCGAGAAGUGCCGCUGACGAUCAACGGCGUGCUCGUGACGCCCGGCGACCUCGCCGUCAACGACCCCGUCAACGGCGUCGUCGUCAUCCCGCGAGACAAGGUCGCGCAGGUCCUCGAGCUGCUGCCCAAGCUGACCUCUGCCGACGACAAGGCUAAGGCCGACGUGGCUCUUGGCGUGUCCGUCAAGGAGGCCUUUCAGCGCCACCGAGGAUGA